GACGUCACGGGCUCGGAGACGGCGAGGAGCUGGUGGAGCAUCAAGGCUGCCGGAGGAGCUGGGCUUGCGGGGUCAGGAGCCCGUCUGACAACAGGAUGGAGGUUCUGUCCAUGCACUGUCUCUAGGAUUUUUUUUUUUGCAUUCCGGGAUGUACUCCUCAGAGAAUGCGAUCCAGAGUCUGAACGCACAGGGAGAGCAUUUCAAUAUGAGAUUCAGGACCGUGUGAGCGUCGCUAAAGAUGUCCGAUAGUGCUGAUGUUGAAGAGAAGCCUCCAGCGCCGCCCCUGAGGAUGAACAGCAGUAGCCGAGACUCCUCUGCCGUGAACCACAGCUCCAAACCUCUCCCAAUGGCUCCAGAAGAGAAGAACCGCAAAGCCCGCCUGCGAUCCAUCUUUCCUGGGGGUGACAAGACCAACAAGAAGAAAGAAAAGGAGCGGCCUGAGAUCUCCCUGCCUUCCGACUUCGAGCACACGAUACACGUCGGCUUCGACGCGGUGACAGGGGAAUUUACAGGGAUCCCAGAGCAGUGGGCUCGUCUCCUCCAGACCUCCAACAUCACCAAGCUGGAACAGAAGAAAAACCCACAGGCCGUGCUGGACGUGCUCAAGUUCUACGACUCUAAAGAGACAGUCAGCAAUCAGAAAUACAUGAGCUUUACCUCCGGAGACAAGUCGGCACAUGGUUACAUUGCACCUAGCACUCUGAAACGUCUCCUGUCUGCGCCAGCUCUCAGCGUUAGAGCCUACGGCGCGGUGCCUGACAAGGGAACGAAGCCGGUGUCUGAGCCCCCGCUAGCUCCUCCGGUGUCUGAGGAGGAGGAGGAAGAGGAGGAGGAAGAGGAGGAGGAUGAGGAAGAUGACGAUGACGACGAGCCGCCCCCGGCCAUCGCGCCCCGACCAGAGCACACCAAGUCGAUCUACACGCGCUCUGUCAUGGAGCCACCAGCCCCCCCGGCUCCCGUGAAAGAGGUAGUCAUCUCGCCGGAGUCCACACCCCCCAAGACCACUGCCAGCAGCCUCUACCGCCAGACGGAUCGGCAGAAGAAGAAAUCCAAGAUGACAGAUGAGGAGAUCCUGGAGCGACUGAGGACCAUCGUGAGUGUGGGGGAUCCGAAGAAGAAAUACACACGUUUCGAGAAAAUAGGACAAGGAGCAUCUGGGGUCGUGUACACAGCCAUCGAUGUCGCCACUGGACAGGAGGUGGCAGUCAAGCAGAUGAACCUGCAGCAGCAGCCCAAGAAGGAGCUGAUCAUCAACGAGAUCCUGGUGAUGAGGGAAAAUAAGAACUCCAACAUCGUCAACUACCUGGACAGCUAUCUGGUGGGAGACGAGCUCUGGGUGGUGAUGGAGUACCUGGCUGGGGGAUCCUUGACUGACGUGGUAACCGAGACCUGUAUGGAUGAGGGCCAGAUUGCUUCUGUCUGCCGAGAGUGUCUGCAGGCGCUGGAGUUCCUGCAUUCCAACCAGGUCAUCCACAGAGAUAUCAAGAGUGACAACAUCCUUCUGGGCAUGGAUGGCUCUGUCAAACUGACCGAUUUCGGCUUCUGCGCCCAGAUCACCCCCGAGCAGAACAAGCGCAGCACCAUGGUAGGCACGCCCUACUGGAUGGCGCCCGAGGUCGUCACCCGCAAGGCCUACGGCCCCAAGGUGGAUAUCUGGUCCCUGGGCAUCAUGGCCAUUGAGAUGGUGGAAGGGGAGCCGCCGUAUCUCAACGAGAAUCCUCUCAGGGCCCUCUACCUGAUUGCUACAAACGGGACGCCUGAACUCCAGAACCCCGAGCGACUCUCCACCGUCUUCAGGGAGUUCCUCAGUGAAUGCCUGGAGAUGGACGUAGACAGGAGAGGCUCUGCUAAGGAGCUUCUGCAGCAUCCGUUCCUGAAGUUAGCCAAACCUCUCUCUAGCUUGACGCCCCUGAUCAUAGCUGCGAAGGAGGCCAUAAAGAACAGCGGCCGCUAAGGCUCGGCCGCCGGGGCGGGCCGUACGUGGGGAGCUCGCCUGAACACGCACCGGACUUCUUCAUAUCCCCUGACCGAGAUUUGUCUGGUGUUGGCACGGUGCCCCGACAGGACACCGGCUCUCAGAGUCAGACAGAGAGUCGUGGGCGAACUCACGAAAAGGGAGGCUACCGUUUUGUGGAACUCCUGCAUCUGCCCAGAGACUGGAAGGUCUGGCCACGGAGCCCAGCUUUUACAGAAGCCAUCCGGACACACCGGGGGGGGGCAAAGCUGUUUGGGCUUGCUCCUCGUCUGGAUUCGGAAAGAAAAGAGGCAGAGACGUGUCUGCCCGUAUAAACUGUGACUCUCAUUCUCUAGCCCAUUCAGCCCUGGUUUUGGUUCCACUUUACCUCCUACGUCGGCCGGCAACAUUAAAUCUUAUUCCAGCAUGAUCAUGUGACCAUUUUCCACAGUGUUAUGGGUUAAUUCGCAUGGGAAAGUGGGAGGUCGUAGCUCUGCUGUGACUUCAGGGUGUUAUUCCGAUAAAAGGACGGUUUUCAAUUACAGCUCCAGCCAUCAGUACGUUGGUGAUUUUAUAGCAUUUUGUGUCAAACUCCUAACAUCUCUAAAACAAAAUACCUUUACGCAUCUAAGAGGAAGAGUUCCUGUUGAUCUGUCUAAGACAAAAAAACUUUUUUUGUUCUGAAGAAAACAUAUUUAAUCUACUGCAGGAAUUCCAAAUUAUAUCAAGCCAUUUGUACCAACUAGGGAGAGAGACGUAAAGAAAACCCACGUUUUGUACGUACGCUAAGUGUAUUCAGCUGUUGGUCUGUCAGAUAUUUAUAUACCUUAUUAAAGGGGUGCUAUUUUUACAGAUUUCUUUUCUCAACUUAGGUUACGAUUUUCUGUCUGGGUAGCUUCCUGUUGCAGACGUUAAGGUGGGACAGUCAAGAUGUGUGUGUUUUAAAAAAAUGUGACGAAUUUACGGGUUGUGCCAGUGAUCGUGUGUACCUGUUUGUGACUGUACCUGAUAUUGGAAACGUGCACCGGAGUCUCGUUUUAAUUUUCAUGUCUUAAUUUCCUUCCGGGCCUUUCCGUAGAUAUUUCAAUGGAACUAAACUGCAGUAUUAGGAAAAAGAAAAAAAAACACCCUCAAGAACUGUGCAAUUUAAUGGUGAAGUAACGCAUUGGUUAGCUAUGGAAUGCUAUUGGUUCUUAUGUCAAAUUAUUGAUUUUUUUCCAUCACUUCUUGUUUGAACUGGCUAUAAAUUUCAAGAAAAAAAUUCACCGUCCAAAAUACAGAAUUUUUACAACUCAUGGUGGCUGAUGGUUCACGUCAGAAAAGAUGAAGAACAUUUUCCCGUUGAUAGCCGGUGAGACGUCUGCCAGCUGCUCUUAUGCAAGCUGCCUGUUUUAGACCAGCAGGGGGCAGGCUUGCAGGCACAUAGAUGCCUUACGGGUGGUCCGCCAGCAGGGAAUCCUCUGCUCCCAUCUCUCUGCUACCGCGCUCUGUCAGACACGCGCUAAUGCUAGCCACUUGAUGAUGUGAAAAUGGUAUCCCCUUAUCAAAAUGCCCAUUAAGCUACUCUCAAAAAGAAAGAGACUGUUCUGCAGUAUAUAUUUUACAGAUAUACAGUAUAUAUAAGCGAACAGGCUAACCGAUAUAUAUAUAUAUAUUUUGGUCCAGCUUAAUACAGCGAAAUGUCAGUCAUGAAGUUUUACAAAGAAUCCUGUUCCAGCCAAUGUAGAUAAAGCUGAGCUUCUAUUAGUGUUUAAUAAAUUGUGGUACCCCAGGUUCUGUACUGUGAUGCUGUAUGUACCAGUUUGGUAAUCAGCAGCUGCUAUACUCCGGGCCCACAGAACAAGCUCUGGCCCUGCUCUGUGUCCCUGUUGUAUUGUGAGAUCGCCACCCAUUUGAAGAAAUGAGCACAAAUGGCGCCCCCUCCUGGUGGAAGAAAAAAAAUGUUCAAUGUUCAGUUUCCCUCCAAUGCUCCCUGUACAUUCCCAUUCCCAGGCAAUAUGUAAGUCUGUACGUGUGAUGUGAAAUUCCUCCUUAAAUGUGUUUGAAGAAGAACAAAACCUUAAAUUAUUUGAAAUAUUAAAGCACUGCUGAUCAGUCUCUUGUACCUUAAGCAGGUUUUUUUCCUUUUUUCUUUUUUUAAGAAAAAUUACUAAAUUGGAGUUUUCGAUAGAAAAAGAUAUUUCUAAUUGUGGUUGAAGCAAUAGAGUUUUUGAAUUAAGAAUUGUGCAUGGCUCUGUCUUGAGUGUAAUACUGACAACAAUCAAUACUGCAGCUUGGAAAUUGGACUGAAAUAGAAAACAAAACACUCCACAUAAUCUUUGUUUUCAAUAAACUUACUUUUCAUUGCAAACUA